AUGCCUGACCCCAAGAAGAUUCUGAUAUUUUCUGACAAAACGAAAUCAAAAGGUUUCUUUAAAGAUUUUGAUCCUGCAAAAAAACUGGAGCUAGCAAAAGAGGAGAAAUGUGAAUUCUUGCCCUUCCUGGCCCCCAGAAAAGUGAUGACAAAGAAUGGAGUGAUCACGGAGAUGGAGUUUGUCAGAACAGAGAUGGAUGAUGAAGGGAACUGGGUGGAAGAUGAGGAAGAGAUCAUCCGCAUCAAGGCUAAUUACAUCAUCUCAGCAUUCCGCUCAGGACUGAUGGAAACAGAUGUUAUUGAGGCCAUGAGUCCAGUCAAGAUGAACAGAUGGGGAUUACCUGAGGUGGAUUCCAAGACAAUGCAGACCAGUGAACCCUGGGUAUUCUGUGGAGGGGAUCUAGCAGGGGUGGCCCAGACAACAGUGGAGUCUGUCAAUGAUGGAAAACAAGCAUCCUGGCACAUCCACAAAUAUCUACAGGCUUUAUAUGGAACUCCAAUUCCGUCCAAUCCAUCCCUGCCCAAGUUCUUCACCCCAUUGAUAAGGUGGACGUGAGUGUAGAAAUGUGUGGGUUGAAGUUCCCCAAUCCUUUUGGUCUGGCCAGUGCCACACCCACAGUACCAUGAUCAGGCGGGCAUUCAAGGCUGGAUGGGGAUUC